ACGAGCUUAUGUUCCACAGAAGCAGUGUUUUGUUCGUGUUUACACGUCAGAGGAGCUCUCGAGCUUGUAUCGUGUGUUUCUGCUGAGGUUUGUUCCAGUAUGUGCUCCACUUCUUUUCCUGUUUUCGGGAAACUGACGAGGCGUGAGACGCGCUAUUGGUCAGCGUCUCUCCAGAGCCCCGCCCACACGCUCAGCACGCGGAAGUGAAUUACUCUGAAUCAAAUGAGCCAGAAGAUCCGGAUCCACACGGAGAAAUAUCCGUGUUUGCUCGCAGAAUAAACCGAACACGCGUGUGUGAAGGAUGCGAGAAGCAGAUACCGUGUCCGGGGACGUUAAAUCCACCGAGCGAGAUGCUGAGGAGGUUCUGGAGAGCGGCCUGCUCCUGGAUGAGUCUGGAGGAAUACUGUACGCUGGGCUGGAGCCGCACACGGAGGACUGGAGCGUCGAGCCGCGCUGUAGUUUGAACGACAGUGAGUCUGAGGACGUUCUGAACGCUAUAAACCCGAACGAGAUGUACACGUCGGCGGUGUGCGAGAGCGACAGCGGUCUGUCUGAAGAUCAGUCCUCAGACGGAGCCCACGAGCAGAACCUCGGUAACGCCGUCUAUCAGGUGGUGUAUGACAUCAGCGGUGUGGGCGGAGCCUCGGAGCAGGAAGCACCACAUAUGGACGUGAUCUCCAUCGAGCUGGACGAGUGGAGCUCUCAGAUGCUGCUGGCCGACUCGUGUGUGGUCAACGAGCUGGUGUCGUCUGUCAAAGUGGAGAACAUUUCUGCUCACGACGUACAAAACAUUCAGAACCCCGAUGGCUUUUUGGUUUAUCCUGACCUCCAGCUCACAGAGGAGGAGCAGAAGCUGCUGGAUCAGGAGGGAGUCUCACUGCCCAAUAACCUGCCCCUAACGAAGACUGAGGAGAGAAUCCUGAAGAAAGUGAGACGGAAGAUCCGGAAUAAACUCUCGGCACAGGACAGUCGCAGGAGGAAGAAGGAGUAUAUUGACGGUCUGGAGAGCAGGGUGGCGGCGUGUUCAGCUCAGAAUAAAGAGCUGCAGAGGACCGUGGAUCAGCUGGAGAAACACAAUGUGUCUCUUGUGACUCAGCUGCACAGACUGCAGGCUUUGAUCAAGCAGACGGUCACUAAAGCUGCGCAGACGAGCACAUGCAUCAUGAUCCUCAUCUUCUCUCUGGCUCUGCUCAUCUUCCCCAGUUACAGUCCGUUCAGCCGCCGCUCGCCGUCAGCGGAGGACAGUUACGCUCCGGCCGCCGUGAUUUCCAGAAACAUCUUGAAUGACGUGGAGUCUCUUCCGCUUCUGGAGGAUCCUGCAGAAGACGAUCCGGUGUCUCCAGAGCCGCUGUCGCUCCCGACAGAACCCAGACCUGCAGACACAGACGCAGACGCAGACGGGCCGCAGCCGACGGAGGACGCAGCGCUGGCGCAGGACUGGACUCGAGAGCAGAGGAACGGCUCGGCCGCGAGCGACGCAGACGCAGACGCAGCUCUGUCUGUGAGUUUAACCGCUCCGGUGGCUGCAGGAAACGCAGACGCAGCCAAACCGCCGCAUGCUGAUGAAAUGUGAGGCGACUCGACCUGUUUAACUGCGACGGGUGUGGAUCGUCUGAAACAAAGCAAAGAGAACAGCUUCUCUGACAAGCCUUUAUUUAUUCCCUCUGAACACAGAGAUAGGUGUGUUUCACCUUCAUCAUCAUCAUCGUUAUGUGCUUUAGUUCAGUGAGUCACAGCCCUAAAAUAAUCAUAUCAGUUUGUGCUGCAUAGCACUGUCAAAUGAUUAAUCGCAAUUAAUUGCAUCCAAAAUAAAAGUUUUUGUUUGCAUAAUAUAUGUGUGUGUGCUGUGUAUAUUUAUUAUGUAUAUGUAAAUACACACACAUGCAUGUAUAUAUUUCAGAAAAAUGUUAUGUUUAUAUAUUAAAUAUAUUUAUUUAUAAUAUAAAUUAUAUGAAUAUAGAUAUGUAAAUAUUUUCAAAAUAUAUGCAUGCGUGUGUAUUUAUAUAUACAUAAUAAAUAUACACAGAACGCGCACACACAUUAUGUAAGCAAAAACUUUUAUUUUGUAUGCGAUUUAAUCAUCUGACAGCACUACGAGGGGGGGGGGGCACAAGAUGGUUUAAUUUAGCUUAAAAUCUGAUUUCUGAAGAUCAUGUGACACUGAAGACUGGAGUAAUGAUGCUGAAAAUACAGCUGUGCAGCACAGAAAUAAAUUACAGUUUAGCAGAUAUUCACAUAGAAAACAGCUGUUUUAAAUUGUAAUAAUAUUUCACAUAUUUACUGUUUUUACUGUAUUUUUGAUGAAAAGAAUGCAGCCUUGGUGAGCAGAAGAGACUUUGAGAAACGUUAUGAAUCUUACUGAACCCAGACUAGUGUAUGUCUGAACAGAGCUUGUUUUCUUCGCGGAGCGUCCUAAUGAAGCAGACGAGCCUGCGAGCGAUCGUACUGAGCCCCAAAGCUUCUUCGCUUUUGCUUUUUAUAAUAGAAAAGCUGAAUUAGCACAAAUCAUAUAAACAGAGAUCAGAGUUUAACACAAGUCGUGAAAAACCAGAGACCUGAGCCAAACCGGUUCAGUGAAAGACUUUGGCUUGUGGGAAUUAAUCUUCAGAUCAUCUGACGGUGAAUGGAUUGGGUCUCUUUUCUUAUUUUAUUGUCUUCUGAAUAAAAAAAGACAUUUGUAACAUG